GUAUGCACAUGAACGAACUAAUAUGUUCCAUGCCCAAAAGUUGUCUGCUAUAUAAUUUUACAUAUGUAUGUUUUGGAGAAUUAUCAGCUUUCAUCAUUGCCUGGAUAUCGCUUUUACAUUUUAUCAUUUGUACGGUUAUCAUUGCGAAAAAUCUGAGCAGUCAUAUGAAUUUGUUAUUUCGUGGAUUUUUCGAUGAGCAUUUUACUCUGGAAAUGCCUAUUAUACAACUAAAUUCAAUCUUUACGACGAAAAUUGAUUUGUUUGCAAUAUUAGCAAUUUUGUUUGCAUCAAUCAUAUUAUGCUGUAAUAUUCGGGUGUUGGCUACUGUAUCGUUCAUAAUGGUAUCUAUAUGUGUUUUGACUACUAACAGUACAAUAUUCGUUGGCUUUUAUUUUGCUAAUGUAAAUAAUUGGCUAGCUGCUGGUUUUUUUAAGAAUGGUGCAGCUGGUGUAUUAAAAGGUGCAUCAUACUAUCUUUCUGCCUAUAUUGGCAUUGAAACAUUGACUUUUUUAUUGGAAGAAACAAAAAACCCUCAAAAAAAAUUAGCAAUCAGUCUACCAUUUAUAAUUAUUGCACUAUCACUAAUAAUGUUUCUAACAACAAUGGUUUUUACAUUAGUUGCGGAUGUCUCAGCGUAUCCAAACAAGAUGUUUCUACCUGAUAUUUUUGAUCAACUUGGAAUACCGUCUGCCAAGUAUGUGAUGACAGUAGGUUCAGUAUGUGGCUUGUCUGGAACUAUGCUUGCGAUAUUUGUGCCAGCAACAAGACUUUUGUCAUCUCUUGCUCAAGACAACUUACUUCCUCUAACUUUUUUAGCUCAUACAAGUAAAAAACGUGGAGUACCAUACUACGCAGUUUUAUCAUGUGCUUUGAUCUCAUCUAUAUUCAUCGUUCUCGAUACUUCCAAAUUAUUUGAAAUUAUCGCAUUUAGUACCUCAAUAAAAUUAAUUUUACUUGGUUGUUUGGUAUAUGAUCAACGGUAUCGUCCUGAUGCAUUUGGAUUGUUUCGAGAAGUAGCUUCAUACAGGAAGAUUCCUCCUCGAUCAUUAGCUAGCUGGACAGAUGAUAAGGAUUCUUGCUCUGUUUCUAUUUCAAAAUGGAGCGAAAAAGAUGAAGAUAAUGAUGUGAUGAGCAGCUAUGAAACUCUUCGAGCAAAUUUUACUCAACAAGAAUGUGCACAAUUUUAUGAAAGAGUGCAAAAAUUAACAUCAGUGAAUAAGAAUUCACAGUCAAUGGUAGAAAACCUGAAGAAAACUGUGAUUGAACUUUGCAAGGAUUAUAAACAGCGGUCAUUAUCAUCAUAUGAGGCAUAUGAUUUUGGUCAUUACUGUGUUCGACCCUCAUGUUCUCUUGCUAAUAAUUUAGCCAAUUUUCAAAGGCAUAAAUUUCAUACUUUCGAACGAAAUGUACCAGGAACUCCUUACUGCGUAAAGUAUUCUGUAUCCACUGAUACUUCAAAAGAGACUGACCGAAAUGAAUACAAACGUUCAAUGAAAACGUUAUUUUUCUUCAUUCUAACGACAUUAGCGAUUAGCUUUUUAGCGUCAAAGAUAGAUGGAGAAUCGCAUAAGUUUCCUACUCGCAUUUUCACUGCUCUUAUGACGCUUCACUUUUUUUUGCCACUGAUAAUUACAAUCAUCACAUUGGGAUAUCUGGUAGUAGCUGCUUCAAGACAAAAAGUUAAUCCAGUGAAUAAUCAGCGACGGUACAAAACUAUUACAUUUCCUUACAUUACUCUGUUCAUUAUUUUUUUACUAUUACUGUUGGCAAGCAGUGCUGAUCAUUUGACAAUUUUUGAAUUUAUCGUUUGGAUUACUUUUGGUUAGUU